AUGCAAUCCGCCGCCGGACCGCCCGGCGGGUCCAACCCGAAGCGGGCGACCGGCCGUUCGCACCGCUCGGCCGGCGGGGCGAGCCCCGCGGCCCUCGAUCGCUCGCCCCGGGUCGUGGCCCGACCGGCCCACGCGCACGUCCUGGCCUCUACCGCCGCUUUCGGCGGCGCAAUUUGCGCCUUCAUCGCUCUAUGGAUCCUCCUGGCACCCAUCGGACUCUUCCCGACGGUCGGCGGCGCCCACUCCGUGCACUUUGAGUCAGACUCGCUCUUCGGCAGGCACGCUCUUCGGCAAAAAGCCAGGCUGCAGCGGGGCACUACCAUCGUGCUACGCUGUUGCAGCCUGACCUUUCCCACUGCUCUCGCGCUGGCACACUUCGGCCUUCCGCUGCUCGCGUUCGGCGAGCUCUUCUCCGCACUCCUGCCACGGCAGUUUGCCGGCACAGUCGAGCUGGAGUAUCCGCUUCUUGAUGCUUCUGCGGUCAAGCUCGACCUUAUGUGA